GUACACAGCAAGUUACGUAUUUUCAAACCAUUUUGUACACGAACAAGGUUCAAUUAUUACCAAUCACUGUAACAUUGCAUUCACACUCUUCUUUUUCUCCAUCUUCUCUCACAUCACACACUCUCUCUCUCUCUCUCUUGCACCUUCUUCUCCAAUCCACAAAGCAUGAAAUGAAUGCAACUCUCUCACUUCACUCACCUCUUUCUUGCUCCCACUGAUUCCACUGUUCUUGUGAGCUAAGCUUUUCUUUUUCUCUAUUAAGAUCUGGGAAGUUAGGGUUUUGCAUUUGGGGUUGCAGAGAGCUAGAUUUGAAUGAAAACCACGAGGUUUGGUGGAUAUUGCAUUGCAAACGGUUUUGGAUGAUGUUGCAGACAUAGCUAACGUGUUGUGGGUUGCUUCAAGUUUGAAACUUUGGGGUGGAAGGGUUGGUGGGGUGGGUGCUUGAUUCAUGGGGUUGGGUUUUUACUAGUUUGGAACUUCAUCUGUAGCUGAAAGCAUGAAGCUUUCUUCUUCUGGACUUGAUCAACAGCUUGAGGAAGAAGGGGAGAAGAAAUGUUUGAAUUCUGAACUUUGGCAUGCAUGUGCUGGCCCUCUGGUUUCCCUGCCUCCCAUUGGAAGCCGUGUAGUCUACUUUCCCCAAGGUCACAGUGAGCAGGUUGCUGCUUCAACUAACAGGGAAGUAGAUGCACAUAUUCCUAAUUACCCCAACUUGCCGCCACAGCUUAUCUGUCAACUUCACAAUGAAACAAUGCAUGCAGAUGCUGAAACAGAUGAAGUUUAUGCUCAAAUGACUCUACAACCUCUAAGUCCACAAGAGCAAAAGGAGGUGUAUCUGCUGCCUGCAGAAUUGGGUACUCCAAGCAAACAACCAACCAACUACUUCUGUAAAACAUUAACUGCAAGUGAUACCAGCACUCAUGGAGGAUUUUCUGUUCCUCGAAGAGCAGCUGAAAAAGUCUUCCCUCCUCUUGAUUACUCACAGCAGCCUCCUGCUCAAGAACUAAUUGCGAGAGAUCUUAAUGACAACGAAUGGAAAUUCAGACAUAUAUUCCGAGGUCAGCCUAAAAGGCAUCUUCUGACUACAGGAUGGAGUGUCUUUGUCAGUGCUAAAAGGCUUGUUGCCGGUGAUUCAGUCCUUUUCAUCUGGAAUGAAAAGAAUCAACUACUCUUGGGCAUUCGACGAGCAAAUCGUUCGCAGACCAUUAUGCCAUCAUCGGUUCUGUCAAGUGAUAGCAUGCACAUUGGCCUUCUUGCUGCUGCAGCUCAUGCAGCUUCCACAAAUAGUCGCUUUACCAUAUUCUAUAAUCCUAGGGCAAGCCCAUCUGAAUUUGUAAUUCCUUUGGCCAAGUACGUUAAAGCGGUGUAUCAUACACGAGUUUCUGUCGGCAUGCGAUUUAGGAUGCUCUUUGAAACAGAAGAAUCAAGUGUCCGCCGAUACGUGGGUACUAUAACAGGUAUUAGUGAUUUAGAUUCGGUCCGCUGGCCAAACUCACACUGGCGUUCUGUGAAGGUUGGCUGGGAUGAGUCCACUGCGGGGGAGAGGCAGCCGAGAGUUUCCUUGUGGGAGAUUGAACCUUUGACAACAUUCCCAAUGUAUCCAUCUUCAUUCCCCUUGAGGUUAAGGCGCCCUUGGCUUUCAGGACCACCUUCUUUAUAUGGUCUCAAGGAUGGUGACAUGAGCAUUAGUUCUCCAUUAUUGUGGCUCCAAGGUGGGCUUGGGGAUCAAGGAAUGCAAUCAUUGAACUUCCAGGGGCUUGGCGUUACGCCAUGGGUGCAACCAAGAUUGGAUGCUUCUACUCCAGGUCUCCAUCCAGAGUUAUACCAAGCAAUGACCUCUGCUGCAUUCCAGGAAAUGAGGACCAUGAAUCCUUCAAAAUCUUCUUCCCAAUCUAUGCAGUUUCAGCAGGCUACAAACGUUCCAUCUGAUCAUGCUUCUCAGGUACAGAGGCCAGUAUUAUCACAGUCUCAGCCCCAAAACACCUUUGUGCACAAUUUUCAAGAAAACCAGGUGCCAACUCAGUCACAACUUCUGCAACAACAGUUGCAUCGUUACCACCCAUAUAGUGAUCAGCGGCAACAGCAGCAACUUAAAAACUUGCCUGUUCAGCAGCAGUUACAAAAUGUCAUUUCUCCUUUGUCCAAUUUGUCAUCAGGUACACAGUCUCAUUCUCCACCCAUGCAAGCCCUAGCUUCACACUGCCAACAGCAAAGCUUUCCCAAUCCUAUCAGGAACCAUAUUUCCAGCUCUGAUGUUUCCACCUUCCAGAGUCUACUAGGUUCAUUCUCUCAGGACGGAACAUCCCAGUUUCUUAAUUUGAAUGGGUCCAAUUCUGUUCCAACUGCUGCUGCUAAUUGUGUAUUGCCUCAGGUGGUAAACAUGGGAACAUCACAAUCAAAUGUUUCUGAGCUUUCUGCUUUGCCCCCAUUUCCUGGAAGAGAACAUUCUGCAUACCAAGGUGCUGCUGAUCCUCAGAGCAAUCUUCCAUUCGGGAUUAACGUUGAUCCAUCAUCUCUUAUGCUGCAAAAUGGCAUGCAAAACCUUAGAAAUAUAGGGAAUGUGAAUGAUUCAUUAUCAUUGCCGUUUUCUGCUUCAAACUGUGAUGGUGUUACGGGCACUGAUUUCCCCCUUAGUUCAAACAUCGCAGCAUCAAGCUGUGUGGAUGAAUCAGGCUUCUUGCAGUCUUCUGAAAAUGUAGACCAAGCAAAUACACCAACUGGAACCUUUGUUAAGGUUCACAAGUCAGGGUCCUUCGGGAGGUCACUGGACAUUUCUAAGUUCAGCAGCUAUGAUGAGCUGCGCAGUGAGCUCGCUCGCAUGUUUGGCCUUGAAGGCCAACUGGAGGACCCUAUGACUCUGAGAUCAGGCUGGCAGCUUGUAUUUGUUGACAGGGAGAAUGACAUUCUUCUUCUUGGUGAUGAUCCCUGGCAGGAGUUUGUGAACAAUGUCUCGUACAUCAAGAUACUAUCUCCACUAGAAGUGCAAGAAAUGGGCAGAAGUGUUGCUACUUCUACUUCUUCCCCUGGUCACAAACUUUCUAACAAUGGCAACUCUUGUGAUGAUUAUGCGAGUCGACAAGAGUUGAGAAGUUCGAGAAAUGGCGUGGCACCAAUGGGUUCUUUUCAUUACUAGGACUUUGUGCUUCUAAGUAAUUUUAGUUGGACAAUUAUGGUGGCAGAAUCUUUAUGACGUUUAUGUAUGGAUUGGCCCAACAUUCUUAUACACACAUCAAUGGUUGACAUGGUAGUGAUUCUGCAAGGUCUAUAUAGAUCAACAGCAAAUGACUGUAAAUUUAAAUUAUAAUAGGUUACCUUGUUUCUGUAAUGGUUAGUUGCUUAUAGCAGUUGUUAAUUAGUGUCUAGCUUUGAGUUCUUGCAACUGAAAAUGGGGAGCUUCUGUGUAGUUCCAUUUGUCUUGUAUACUAUUACUCACCAAGAUUUAUAUGCAUCAUAAGUAACAGAUAUUGUACUGGGCCAUUGGCAACUUUUUCUGAA